CGACCACCAUCAAGCGCGUAUACCCCCUCGACAACGAUGCCCGCGACGACGACGAAACAUGCGUUCUCCUUUCCGAUGGUGCCCGCGUCCGCGCCAACGACGCCCGCGCCCGUGUCGCGUUCCACCAGGUCGGAUCGUCAGGCGUUCUCCCCAAUCACCCCACAGCGCCUCAAUCGCGGACACCGACACCAGUUGACCUCACCCAUCACUCCAGCCAGCACGAUGUCUACGCCUUACACCCCUCUCAGCCUUCGGUCUUUCACGUCCUCUGACGCGUCGAUGUUGGAUACCCCUAUUUCCGUUCUGGGCGGCAAGCGCCUGAACUCGUCGAUGUCACCCGAGGUCCACACUCACAGCAAAAAUAAGCACAGCGUGGCGGAUAUUACCGAUAACUGGAGGUCUCGUGCAAAAGAAAACGGUAUCAGAGUCACGCCCAGCCAAGAAUCCCGUUACGCCGAUGAUGAAGCCAGCGACCCUGAGUACUCCGAGAAUGCGCCCCCGGCUCAGUUUGUAAACGAUCAAGCUCUUCUCCCUCCCGCAUUUCUGUCAACCCAUCGUCGCGCUCGCGCGUUGUCACAAUCUAACAUUGCCGUGCAGCCCGCAUCACCCCAGAUCCCUUCGACACCGGAUCGCCGAACCCUUGCAGAUUUGAACACGCCACCCCCCAAGGCUGUAAACAUUACGCGGUUGAAAAUGAAGGGAAGUAUGACCGAUCCAGCAAUCCCACGUCGCCGCCCAGCCUUUGGUCAGGUUCAGUCCAAUGUGGAGUUGUUCGAUAUAGGCGAAGAUGAAUAUGCGCCAUACCCUCAGACCUUUUCCCCUGCCCAACCCUUUUCACACUCGCAUUCGGUUUCUUUCAGUGAUCCCUUCCAUGUCCGCUCCCUGUCUCCUAUCAACGAAGGGGCGUUCCACUUCAACGACUUCCAAGAAGCUGAGGCUCCUUGGCCUAUCGAAUCCACGAGCUGCUCGGUCUGCGGCCGUGAAGCUAGUUCUUUGGCCAUUCUCGAUCCUUGCGGGCAUCCGCUCUGUUCUGGAUGCCUCACCAGCGCCCUGAAUAUUGUUGGCGAGAAGGAUAUGCAAUGUGCCGUCUGCAAGACCAGUGUCGACGACUUCCAUCUGAAGAACGUUCCUGUCACUGGCUCUGGGAGUGCGCCCACUUCUAGGCCGUCGCCGAAAGUGAUGGAUGAUAGUCCCCUCAAUGGUUUCGACGAUGCCGAGCUCUUUUUCGACCGUCUGCAGGGAGCUUCUACCCCGAUCGAGGAUGUACCUAGGGCCGGCGAUUAUCCUGUUCUUCGCAUCGACAAUGUUCCUUGGGACAUCACGCCCCCUGCUAUUACUGCCUGGCUGAAGCACCCGGUUGUGCGCGUCCAUGUUCUACUCGACCGCAAGGGCAAGACGCUGAGCCAUGCGUAUGCCGAGAUGGUCAAUGAGGACGCCAUGAAGAAAGCUCUCCGCACUGCUCAAAACGCCGUCUUGGGCAAAGGCAAGAGAGCCCGUGGCGUCACCGUCACCCGCAGCAACCAGGAGGAGCUGAUGAAGGCCCUCUUCCCGUCGUGGCAGGGCGCGUUCGAUGGCUCGAGGCCGUCGCUUGCUGGCUUGACCAACGACGUUGUCAUUUCGACUCUUGGAUGUGGCUUGAUGUCGGAGUCUGAGCUGAAUGCUUUGUUGCAUCUCAUUCGCUCUCCUGAUUCCCACUUCCUGAAGGUGCCUUCGUUACCGUUCCAUUCCUUGAUCAGCAUCUUGUCCAAGUUCCCUGCGGACGUGGAUAGCAGGGUGUUCUGGUCGAGCAGUUUGAGGGAUACCUUGUAUGACGUCACUUCUGCGGCAAUCCAAGUUCUGGUCUCGCGUGUUAAUGAGAACCAAGACCAGCAAUAUGUCGAACUCCUCCAACAGCUGGGCGAGAUCGCGUUAGAUUGUCAAGCGUUUACUUCCCAGCAGAUCAGAGGUCUUGCUGACAUGUUGGAGGCCGUCUCCGGCUUGCAGUUCUCCUCCCUGUCCCCCAAUAACUCUUUCGGCAGCGCUACCUCUUCGGAGCAGCUCGCUCUCCAAGGUCCGCCUGGGCUACCCGCUCCCGCCAGGCGCGCGAGCCCCUCUGGUGACGCAUUCGAUGCGCUGGCCAGGGAGUUCGGAGUAGAUGCGCAUGUCGUGGAGGCGCUUGCGCAAAGGCUCACCGGCAUGUGCUGAACUCCGUGUGCAUCAUUACCCUCCCAUUCCGGCCUCACGUCUGCGACAAACACCGCCUAGAGCGUUCCUAAUUUCUGUGUCUCCUUCCAUCUUCCAUCAAUCGAAUCAGUAUUUGUCGUCUCCGUCGCUGCCUGUCUAUUAAGGAAUGUUCCCUUGACUUCCCUGCCUUGUCAUGAUGUCCCCUUCGCUGUCUAUCGCUAUCGUCGCUAUCGAAUUACUGUCCUCGCUAUCGUCGUUGUCGAGCAAUGCUCUCCACUGGGCCCUGUAGUUGUUCCAUGGCUCUCCUUGUAGUUUAUGAUCAUGUGUAUCAUGUUUAGGUCUUAUAGAUGCCUUCCGAAUUGUCAAUGUCGUAUGUUCCCC